UGCAUCAUAUUGUGGAGUCAUUGUUAAAGAUUUUGGUCGUGUGUUAAUUGUAGAAGAAAAAAAGUUAAUUAUAUUGUCUACAUAAAUAAUUCCAAAAUAAAAAUUUUUUGGAGGUCCAAAAAACACUGCCCGGCAGUAAAAUAUUGUGUGCAAAUUAUAUACCUACAUACCGAAUAAAAUUAAAUACAUCUAAAAACAAGUGCUUGACGUGUGAAAAUUGAAACAGAUAAACAAUAACAUCGUCUACAAAUAUCUAAAGACCAUUAAAUUAUUUUUUUUUUGGAAAACCAUUGCCGCCUUCACCAAAUAAUUGUAUUCAAAUACUCAACAAUUAUAAAAGUGUUAAUAUUGUGUACAAAUACUUGAAGACCAUAACCUAAACAUUUAUUGGAAGUGCAAAAACAAGCUUGCCGCGUGGAAAAUAAAUCAAAACAUUGGAAGUACAUAUCUUAAGGCGAAACAACAACAAUUAUAAUAGUGUCUGCAAAUACAAGAAGAAUAUGUGCGGAAUUCAACACCCAUUACUCGGCGUUUGAGUAUGGUACCCUUUCUGAAUCAUAUAAAUUUGUCAAUAUUGAUGAUCUUAUUGGUCCUCCAAUUGGAGUAGUUAAGAAUACCCAAGGAAAGUCGCUUUUAAAAAUAAAGGAAUAUUAUAAAAAUAUAUAUAAAAAUGAAUACUCUUGAUAUUGGAGAUAUUUUAGAAGAAUGGAAUCUAAGUCAUUUGUAUACAAAAUUUAAAGAUGAAAGAAUUACUAUCGAAGUGCUUAAAAUCUUAUCGCCAAUUCCCAUUGCUAAACUGUUUAGUGAUUUGCCGGUGGGAGACCAAGCAAUUUUUGAAACUAAUUUAAAGAAGUGGAUGCAAUCGCUGGAAACUAGUGAUGUUGAUUUGUCAACAUCUACGAAUGUUACACAAAAAAUAAUUUGUUCCGUAAAAGAAAUACUUAAAACCACAUACAAUGGGCAGGAAAUCUAUGCAUUUUAUAAGAAAAAUGGAAAAUUAUAUGAUGAGCAAAGAAAUCUAUUGAUAUCCACAAUCACAAAAUAUAUUGAAAGCCAUGGAAUUGAUUGUUCUCUUUCUGAAUGCACAGAACUAGAAAAAGAAAUUUGUUCUCUUUUCCCAACUGAAGAAAUGGAAUUUUACACAAAUGGCAAAAGAGGUAACAAACUGGCAAAUCACAAAAGAGUGGCAAAAGAUACAUUCAAAUGUAAAAAUCAGAUACCUGAUAAAAUUGAAAAUGAUGUUGAAGAUAAUUAUGAUCUCAUUUUGAUGUAUUUGAGAGAUGAAAAAACAACUGCUGAAGAUUUUUGCUUAUAUUGGAAACAAUGUGCCCCAUUGAGAUUUAAACAGAUGAAAGACUCUAAAAAAACCUCCGAAAUUUUAAAAUUGUGGCCAGAGUUCAAAAAACCUUCUGCUUGGCAAUUGAUCGAUGUUGAUUUUAAAAUUAAAUUUCCAAAUGCCAAAAAUUUAUUCGAGAGAUGGUCUCAACUAGGAGAUAAAAUGUUGACUUUACUAAAACAGAAAGUAUCUUCAGCAUUUGUAUCCCAAAAACUGUUAGAACUUGAUGCUCACAAUGAAGAAUCUAAAACAUUCGCUGUUUUGUGGUACCUUCACUACAUAUUUCCCCCUAAUCAAAAGGUUAAUACUGAUCCUAGUGGCAGCAAAAUAAGAAAAAAAUUUUCCAUUGCUGAUUCACAAAAUGGUUUUGCUAUCUUAGCAGACAGCAGUCAGGAAUUAGAAACAAAAAUUAAAUUGCUUCAACUUCAAAAUCGCUGUAUUCAACCAAAACUUUUAAUUGUGGGACAAUUCCCAAGCAUUAAAUCCAUUAACAUUUAUUUAGAUAAUAUAAGGUAUCCAUUUUGUAACAUAUUAAAAGCAUUUGAUAUACUUUUUAAGUUAUUUUUUGUAUUUAACUUACAAUAUCCCGAAGAAUCGGAACUAUUUUACAAUUUUAUUCAAAACUGUUUUUAUGAUAUACCAUUACAAAAAAAAUCUACUAAAAUAUAAAAAAUUAAAUAUAUUGUAUUUUAAAAUAAAUAUUACUAUAUCCAUGAAAAUUGUUAACUAUAAAUGUAUUC